AUGGCAACGCCCGGGCCGGCUGCCGAUUGGCUCCCGGCGCGCGCGGGGUGCGUGCGCGGCCCCAACGCGCACCGUGGCCAUGGCAACGGCCGGACGCCGCCUGUUGGCCCCAGGGCUGGGCGCGUUGGCCCCUCCCGGGCCCCGGCCGGGGCAGUUGGAGGGUCUGCUGUUUGCCGGCGUCGGAGUUUUAGCCCUGUCGCUGUCCUUUGGGCCCACAGCCCCUUGGAGGGACUGCACUGCGAGUCCCCAAGGUCUGAAAGUAUGCUGUGCACGCGGCCAGAAGGGGUGUUCGGGAUGGGGCGCGUGGCACCAAGCGAGGCUUCAGAUCUUCGGGGAGAUCUGGGGGAGCUGGGAGGAGCCUCAGGAAUUAGCAGACUCCCUGCUGGCACAUCUUGGGAGCCGGCCGCCAUCAGUGGGGAGAACGUUGAUGGGCAUGUCCAGAUGUGUUUCUGCAGACAUCGUACACUGAGAGCUUGUUGGCCUUUUCAGAAAGUGCGGGCUGUGCCCCCUUCCUCGCUGUGCACCUCCUGCCUCAUCCAUUGGCUCUCCCAUCCAUUGGCUGUCCCAACCAGCCCCUGCAUUAGCCUGCUGUCUUCCAUUGCGAGCUUCUCAAAGCCAUCCACACGGCUGCCAGGAGGAUUUGCACUGAUCCAACUGUGUCUUCCUUCUGCUCCAUGACUUCUCAGGUCCUAUAAGAAGACCAUGUCCACACCCAAAUAGUACAGUUUCCACAGGUCUCCAAGAUCUGGUCUCUGCUUUCUAUGUAAGCCUUUUCUCUGACCAAUCCCUAUGUAUUUAAUGUCUGGAGCUGUAGCCGCCAUCUUAUACCAUGAGGUUCACUGGAAGCUUGGGGCCACUCAGAGUGGAAGGGCAAACUAGAAGGGGCUGUGUCUCUUAAUGCUGCAGGCACUCCUGAACAGGAAUGUACAAUAAGAUUUUGUCUCAUUUAUCCCAUUUAUAUUUGGGGGUUUGCAAUUACUUUCAGUCAUACCUAAUCCUACAAACAUAGGCUUUAAAAUAAUAAAGUUGGACUUCUUUUCAUCUAAAGAUUCUUCUGGCUUUGAGAUUCUUAAAGACAAAAAUAAAAUUUGAUUUCCACCUAUUUCCACAGAUUCUUCACUACGCCGAACCUUAUGAAAAUGUCAGCAGUUGCACACUUUGAUCUAUAAAACACUGACCCCAUAUCAA